AUGGCCUCACAGAACGCUACCUCGUACACUGCGGUUCCCAGAAGGAAUUCCGAUAGCCGUUUCUCUUUCGAAGACGUUCCAUCCGAAACACCAUCUGGACACCAUCAGGGCUAUGGACAUCCACCUACACGGGGAAGUAUCAGCGAGGAAGAUGACUCGCAUCCUCACAUGAAUAAACCGACUUCCGUGGCACAAGUCGUUCCGUUUACCAGCGACCACCAGAGCAAUGGAGGUACAGUGCAGCUUGUAGAAUGGAAGAUAUCUCCCUACACGCCGAUCUCGAUGGUUGCCCUCUUCAUUUCCGGAGUAGCAGUGGCAAUCGGCCACCAUCUUUUCUACUUGCGCUUCGACAGUAGUCCUGUGCGAGGAAUAGAUGAAGACUACACCUCCCAAGUCUGGAUCAUCCGGUACGGAACGGCAUUUGCGUUUGUCACAAAGACACUACUAGCGGGUGCGAUUAUCGUAGCAUACAAGCAGCACAUGUGGAUCAACCUCCGGCACAAGGCCAAUUCAGUGUCUACGAUUGAUGCGGUUUUUGCAGCUACUCACGAUCUUUUAUCUUUUCUUCACCCUUCCUUCUGGACCAGAGCAAAGAUUCCAGCACUCAUGGCAUUGAUUGCAUGGUGUCUACCCCUCGCUGCUCUCAUUCCGCCUUCCACUCUCACUGUAGCUGGCGCUCAGCUUGUCAGCGAGCGAUUCACAAAAGUCCCAACCCUCAACCUCAACGGCACCACACUGUACAGAAGUGAUGGUAUUGGUGAAGGCACUUCACCCCUACUCCACCGCUUGACCAUCGCCAUGGCCACAAGCAUGCAAAUCCUUCCUAUGCGCCGCACCCUCCCCAUCAACGCAACCUACGACUACUCCUUCGACGCCCCAUCCCUAAAAUGUACCCCCGCAACAGGUGACCAUCUCCAGAACUUCACUACCGUCCGCAAAGAAGCUAUCCGCCAAAUCCUCGAUUUAGCCAGCCAAUACAGCUCCCUCGAUGCUGACAUGCGCUACCUAUCCUUUUCUGCCGACACCACAGGCCCCCCGCUCUCGAGCUCCGAUAACGUAACUACCUACGUAACCAAAUGCAUCGCACGUGAAAGAUUUGGAGACUGCGGCGCCAACUCGAACAUUCCUACUUUCUUCAUGCAAAUGGGCAACGAAACUAUAACCUGCACCACACACAAUACAAACUUCACCGUGCUGUUUGGUGAUUUUGGGGGGCAAGACACUCAACCUGUCACCUACGUCUCGCACGAAUUCAAAGAACCGCUGAAUACAGAAGUAACGGGCCUAAUGUUUAAAGCCCUCUCCACCAUCCUCAACGGCUUCUUCGGUGUCUUCACCGGAGGCGGCGCAGCCGGCGGUUACUUUUCUGGCAGAUCAAUGAUACCCGACACCGCGCUUCUCGAGCUUCUCCAGCAGAACUUCCCCGAGCUACGCAAUACCGUGCCACAGGAAGCCUGGAUGUCGCAGCGUAAGAAUACCACUCUCGCGGCUAUAAUCGAAGAGCUCUCGCGGAACCAGACGCUCAGUCUCUUCAGUAAUGAGAGACUAUGGGAAACGGACGAGGCGAAGAAGGCAGAGGUGCCGGUUCGGUAUUUUAAUUUUUACAGUGUGUAUGAGUAUACACCGCGGAAUCUGUGGGUCGCGUAUGGGACUGCGAUUGCGUGUUCGUUUGCCGCGGUGCUCCUGGGGCUCAGAGCCCUGUGGGUGAAUGGCGUGUGUCACGAUAAUUCUUUUUCGGCGGUUAUGGCGGCCACACGGAGUAGGUAUCUCGAUCGGCUUACACGGGGUCAUUCGCUGGGGGCUACACCCAUGGGCGAGAAGAUUCUUAAGGCGAGGCUGCGGUUUGGGGUCCUAGAGCCAGAGGAUGAGGUUGCGGCCAAGGGCAUGAAUAGGGCCGGGUUUGGCACCGAGGAUAGCGUUACGACGUUGAAGAAGGGACAGGUUGUUUAUUAA